AUUCAGACGUCUACAAACAUUUGUGAAAGACUGUGCAAUAAAUCCAUCUGUGAAAUUUCCUUGCUACUAAAUAUUCCACAGUCAACUGUUAGUGGUAUUAUAACAAAGUGGAAGCAACUGGGAACAACAGCAGCUCAGCCACGAAGUGGCAGGCAACCUAAAAUGAAACUACAGGUUCAAAGCAUGCUAAAGUGCACAGUGUGCAAAAGUCGCCAACUGUCUGCAGAGUCAAUAGCUAAAGACCUGCAAACUUCAUGUGGCCUUCAGAUUUGCAGAACAAGAGUGCAUAGAGAGAUUAAUGGAAUGGAUUUCCAUGGCCAAGCAGCCGCAUCCAAGCCUUACAUCACCAAGUGCAAUGCAAAGUGUUGGAUGCAGUGUCGUAAAGCACACUGCCACUGGACUCUA